GGCUUCCGCUCCUUCUUCCGCUCCCCGUCGAGACCACCCUCUCCAACACCCAGCGCCGAAUGUUUCCACAAUCAGUCCUCUGGGAGUCACACACAGAAAACUCCCUUUGACAGCUACAGAAACCCCAAUCCAACGUAGUCAUCCGUCUCCGCCAACGUCAUUCCUCGAGUACACCCUAAAUACUCGUCCAAUGGCACCCUGCAAAAAUGGUUCGAACUAUGGAAGCGCCUGUAACUCAGCAGUAGCCCUAGGAGCAGCAACAUGCGGCUGUAUCAACAUCGACCAGUGUCUCGCCCAUUCGGUUCGGAUUCUAGCAGAAGACGGUCGACAGAGCUUUACUCACGCUCGUCUUCCUUGGCCAGUUUCAGCGUCAGCAACGGCAGCAGCUACAACAAAGUGGAUACUCAAGCAGCAGAUGUCUAUUCCCAACCACAUUGCCUUACUAGAUUCAGCCUAAAAAGCGGACAGAAUCCUACAUGAGCGUAACGGAAGAUUCCCACGGGCGAACAAAAUCGACCUAGAUGUAUUCGAAGCGUCUUGAAUUGUCGCAAGAGUUGGCCGAACUCCAGGCUAGCAUAGCGAGUCCUGAUCUAUGGCGUUUGCUCGAGCGCUAUCUCCUCGUCAUCCGGAUUAAUGGGCAAUCCCUGGAGGCCCUCAGUCGACCAUCCACUACUGUCGUUGCCACCGCCUUCAUCAUCAUCUCUGCACAGUUUUAUGAUGCUCUCAGAUCUGGAUGA